AUGAGUUACUCGGACAACCCAUUUGGGGCCAACUACGCAGGCGGCGGUGGCGGCGGAGGCGGCGGUGGGUUCAUGGCGGGUAGUGGCAGCCAGGGAGAUCAUUCGGGUGGGAAGAAAAUUGGCAAUAAUUCACUGCACCCAGUUACGAUCCACCAGAUCAUCAACGCGCAGAACAACCAGCACACCGAUCAGGGCUUCAUGAUCGAUGGCGCUGAUAUCGACCAGAUCACAGUUGUGGCUACAGUACGAGGCGUGGUCGACGGGCAGACGAACGUGACCCUCCACUUGGACGAUGGUACUGGGAAUAUCGACGCGAAAGUGUGGAAAGAGAAUGCCUCAGACGACACUGGAAUGCUCGCCGAUGUCAGAGAAAAUACUUACGUGCGGAUAGUUGGCACCGUGAAGUCCUUCCAAAACAAGACCAACAUCAGCGCAGCAUAUGUGCGACCCAUCAUAGACCACAAUGAGUGGAUCUUCCACAAGCUCGAUGUGAUUCACGUCCAUCUCUCCUUGCAGCGCGGCGAAGAAGGGAUGGGUGGCGGCGGCGGGGCUGCCAAGUCGAAUGCAUCAGGCGGUCAGCGCGGUGUCGCCGAGUACUUUGGAGGUGGCGCUAGAGGGGCUGGAGGCGGCGGUAGCGGGGCUGGAGGCGCGAUCACCGGCCGAGCGGCCGAGCUGCAGACGCCGAUCCAGAAGAAGGUCUAUCAGGCCAUGGCCGAUUUGAUGGAUGACAACACAGAUGGUGUACACGUAAACCAGAUUGCAAAGAGAAUCGGGGGCGCAUAUCGCAUGGACCAGGUCGAGGAGGCAUUACAGGAGAUGCAGCAAGAAGGCCAUGUUUUCACCCCCAUGGAAGAUUACUGGAUGCCAUGCGAAUAG